CUUAAUUGUAACAAUCAAACCUACCAUGUUUUGAUCAAAUCUGAACCAUUUCCACUGCAUAUUUUGUGUUUUGGGCCGAUAUUUGUUGUACAUUGACAAGAAUGGGAGAGGUGUACCAGUACCAUAUUACAAUGUUGGUCACUGAUGAACAGGUGGAUGCUAUCAGAGCCUUUUUUAAAGAGAAAAAUUGGCCAUGCUGGCUAAAAGUGUUAACAGACGAAAAUGUAGCUGGACUAGUUCAGGGUGGAUUUACAGAUUUAUUCCCGAUCAUGGCAGCCGGACAAGAUGGCGGCAUUGGACAUUCUAUAUUUACUGAGAUCAAAUCUGAAGUAGUUGAUAUAGAUGAAGACUCAACUUCAUCCGAGAAAUUGAAUGAUUUGCCGAAGAAGCUAGAACCACCAGAGAUCUCUGAUGAUGAUGAAAAUACAAUGGAUUAUGAUAUGAUGUGUUCAAAAGAGAUAGAUUCUGGUUCUGAAAGUAACACAAAAUCGAAUGAAAAAAAUGAAACAAGUACAACAUGGAAAAUUUCUAUUUCCGAAGUAAAGGACAAUGAUGGAAAAGGAUCAUCGAACAAAUUAAAGUGUCCUUUAUGUGAAACUACGUGUGUAACAAAAACCAUUCUAAAAAGACACUUCAAAAGGCGGCACAAAGGUAAAAAAUGGCUUGAUGUUGAAUGCUCUGAUUGCAAGGAAAGGUUUACAACAAAGGAAGAACUUUGGGAACAUAGAAGAGAAGUGAACCAUGACCCUCCGAAAGAAAAAACAAAUAUGGUUUCAGUCAACCAGCUUACGCCAGAAGAACGUAUAAGAUUGGGUCAUUUGAAGUGUCAAAUUUGUGCAAACUUUUAUCCGCACAAACGAUCGCUGAGAAGACAUAUGAACAAAGUCCACAAAGAUGUGCUUCCUAAAUGGAACUGUCCUAUUUGUGACAUUGAAUUUGAAAAUCGUGAUGCAUUAUGGAAGCAUAAGCGUGAAUCAGGGCACAAAACAAAUAUAUGGGCACUAGGCAACUAUCAGUGCGACUCUUGCGGAAAAAUAUACACAAGAUAUGAUUCUUUCCAGGAGCACAAACUUUCUUGCGAAAAAACUGAGAGUGAAAAACAAGCAAGCUGUAAGUAUCCAUGUGAUAUCUGCGGUUUGUUGUUCAAAUCCAUGCUCCGCGUCAAAUCACAUAAACGUGGUGUUCAUACAGUAGCCCCCGUGGUUUGCCACGUUUGUGGGGCAAUGUGCAAGAACAAACGUGCAUUACUCGUUCAUCGCAGGAGGCAUGAUAUGAAGAAUAAGAAAUAUGUUUGUGAUGACUGCGGAAAAUCCUUUUUUAACAGCACACUUUUAGCUCAGCAUGUCCGUACCCACACUAAAGAGAAACCAUACAAAUGUCCGCUGUGUAACUAUGCCUGUGCUAUUAAGCAAAAUAUUCAUAAGCAUUCGAUGAAGGUUCAUAAAACACAAUGCAAAGCCGUUUGUCUAGAUGAUGUCAAAGACCAAGCUGAGGAAGCUUCCAAUGAAACAUUAUUACAAUCUCAAUCACAGAAGCUACGGGACCGACAGUUACCUGAAGUGUCAGGUAGUAUGGUGUCCGAUAAGAGUCAUAAUCAGCCAUCAGAAAACUCCUGUCAUUCAAACUCAUUCCCACAAGAAAGUAUGGUGACUGAUAAUAGACAUGGUAAAAAUUCAAGAAGUUCCUUUGGCUCGGAAACUAUGGUGACAAAUAAUGGACAGAAUUUGAAUGAGUUCCAGGAAGUUUUGGACUACAGUGUGAACACACAACCUCUAACACAUGGGAAUUUUCAGCAUCAAUAUCAAUGAAAUAAUAUAAUACUUUUUCAGUCCAUCGUUUUUGUUAAAUGUGUACAUGUAUAUAAGUAUGUAAGGGCUCGUUUGAUUGAACAAUUGCAUAUUGAGAACAUAUUGUAAAAAUUAAGAGGAAUUUAAAAGUACAUUAAAUUGGCAUAAAAAUAAAAUGGAAAUAGUAGGUCAAGUAUGAUUUAGAAUUUUAUUUCAAUUUAUUGAAUGAUAUCAGGUAAGAUUAUACAUAGUUGUUAUGAUUUUGUACAGGUUUGGGGCAUUUAAAACUAAGUGAAAAUUUGGUGUCCUAUCUUGACGUAGAUUGAAUUACUGAAAAUGGUAUUAUAUAUUUACUUACCUGUUUUUGAGUUAUGAAUAGAUUGCUACAAUGUUAUCAAUGUUUCUUGAAUAUACAAUUGUAUAGUUGUUUUGUUUUUUGUUCAUAGUUUUAUUUUUCUGUCAUUAUGUGAAUAUCACACUGCACAACAAAAAAAUACAUAUAAGUAAUUGGAUAAUUAUAGUAAACUUAUGUGGUUUCCUGUCCUACUUUUUGCAAAGUUUACCUCCCUUUACAAAAAUUCUAUUUUGGGAGUUAUUUUUCAAUAUUAUAUGUGUAUACAUUUUAUUCACAAAAUAUGAAAAUAGGCAAAUUUAAUAGAUUAUUUUUACUAAAAAGGUUAAUUGUUAAAUUGACUUUAGAUAAUUAUUUAAUAUUAGCAAUUAAAGAAAUGUGGGAAUUUUUUUUAUCUAUAAAGGUUAUGAUAAUGGGAAUGGCCCUCAAAGCGGUGAGUGCCAUGAUAUGUGAAAAGUGUCUAUUACUUAGCACAGAUAACUUUAAAGUUGUAAAGAGGUUUCAUGAAGAUGAUUAAAAUAUAAGGAUUUUUACAUGUAUAUAAAUUAUUGGGAAUGACCACAAAAUUGUGUCCAAGUGAGGUAAUGCAUUGGGGCUUAAUCAUGAGUUUGCUGGAUACUAAUUGGUUUUGAUUGUUUUACAUGUGGUGGCGUUCAAGCUGGAAAAUUUGAUUAUGUGUUGAUUCAAUUUCAUUACAAUGAACAAUGUUAUUUUUGUAUAUUGUGUUUAUAUGGAGCUGUCUAGCUGUUUGUUUCUGUUGUUAAGUGUACUGGGAAUGAGUCAGGUAUGGAACGGUUUGAGGCUUUUCUAUUAAAAUGUAUCUACCCGGUAUAUGUUUGUAAAUAUAUUUGUACAUGAUAAAAAGGUUUUAGCUUCUUAACAAGCUCUUGCAUUCUUUGGUUUAGAAGCUUCUUUGCUUAAAGGCCCAUUAGGCUUAAAAAUAUAAAUAUUUUUAGUUUUCAAAGUUUUUGUUUUAUUUUUGAUGUUUUAUUAUUCAUUGGGCAUAUAGCUUAGCCGUUUUGUUCUUCCUUCAUGUUUUGGCUAUUAGUACAGUUCUAGCGAUUGAAUGUUUUUUAUGGAAGUCAAAAUACUACUUCACUACUUUACUACUGUUAUCAGAAAUUAUUUUUCAUUCGAACCUAUUUACUUCUGGUGAUAAACAUCUUUAGUGUUCUAAUCCAUAAUACUGCUGGCAGCUGUUUCGCUGUAUUUUCAUAUUUAAACAAAAUAUAGAUGGUUUUAAAUUGAAUUUACAAAUGUUGGUCCAUAACACAAAAAUAAGAAAGGAAAAGCGUUUUGGAAUCUGUUUGCUUGUUAUUGAAAGUUUUUUUAUGAAACUAAAGUAUUCGAGAUUUAAAGUUGAGAAGAAAUUAUAAAGUUAUGAAAUAUUGAAGUUUAUGUACUGAAAAUUUAUAAAUUAUCAAGCUUUUCUCAAGCUUAUGAUAAAAAAUGAAUAAUUAUACCUUUUCACAAAAGGAAAACUAUUUAAAAUAGAUUUGAUAGGCAUAUGAGUUGACUGUUAAAAUCUAAAGACAUUUUGCUGAUAUUUUAUUUAUCUACACAAGAGAUAAUUAAAAGAUAAUUUUUCACAUUAGUCAACAAGACAAAAUGGCAGCGUAUGAACCCGUCUUGACAAGAAAAUAAGGUAGCACUUUACCCUAGUUGCUUUUCAAAUUCAUACUUUGUCCAAUAUUCCUGAAAAUAUAUUAUUUUGUUUAUUUUCUUAAUUAAAGGUCUUUGGUUUAAACAUAUUUAUGUAAGCUGGAUUGCGAAACAAGUUCUUGCAACUUAUAUUAAUUAUAUGAUCUUAUGACACCAGUACUGGUUGGUUCCAGGAAGCAGAUUCGAAAGUGAUUAAUAUAAGUUUGUUGUAUGAUAUGAUUGCUUCAUUUUUUUGUUACUUACACAUUCUAGGUUCUCUGUGUUUAAAUAAUCAAAAACACAGGUUGUUAUAUUAGUUUGUCAAUUUUUACAUACUUUUACUCUUAUUUUUCUUUUGUAAAGAACAGGAAAAAGUUUUUACUUUAUUUUACAACGAAUGAAAUUGCUUUAUAUAAAUUUUUGAUUGCUUGAAUAAUCUACAGAAUACCUUCCUUUUGAAGUAUUUUGAGACUAAAUCUGUAGCUAAUAAAAUUCUACAAUAUUUAUACAUACUGGUACAUGUAUUUAUAUAUCAUUCAUGUUGGCAACUGUUUAACCUUUACUUUGAAAUGAAUCGUAAUCUGAUAUGAUAAGUUUCAUGAUCUCAGAUUAAGCAAGUAAGUUUUUUAUUUCCACUGAGUCAAACAUUAACCAUUAAGACAUUUUGUCAGCCAUCACUGCUUCUUUUUGGCAUUUUCAUCUUAAUAUUUUGAAUUAAGUUAUGAAAAAAUACUUCUAAAAGAUUGAUGUUUUGUUGAUUUAUUUUGUAAUUUUGUUGUCAUUUAUUGAACAAAUUUUUCUCCAUAAGCUUAGAAGAUUAAUUGUUAUAUUGAUUUAAAUUAAAUGACAUCUUUUUAAAGAAAUGAUAUAUUGAAUUAUACAUGCUUAUUUGUAUUUUUGUAAACUCAUGUUUCUUGUUGGAUGAAAAAGAAAAUUUAUAUGAGCAUGUGAAUUGAAUAAAGCUUGUUGAUUAUUAUAAAUGUAUUGACACAUAACUCACUGAAUUUCUCGUAUGGAUUUGUCUUCUUUUUCUGUCUUCUUUUGAAUUGGCACAGUCCCUGUCAAGUUGAAGGGAUUUUAAUGUUAAAAUACAAG